AUGAUCAUUCCCGUGCGAUGCUUCACGUGCGGGAAGGUGAUCGGGAACAAGUGGGACACGUACCUCGACCUGCUGCAGGCGGACUACAGCGAGCGCGACGCGCUGGACGCGCUCGGGCUGAAUCGGUACUGCUGUCGACGAAUGGUGAUGUGUCACGUCGAUCUGAUCGAGAAAUUGCUGAGGUAUAACACGCUCGAGCGCGUGGACGACGCGUGA